AUGCUAGAUUUUAUAACUGUCUAUCGUAAGAAAAAUGGUGAAACGGCUGUUGGCUAUAUCACAUCUCCUUCAAAUCUAACAUCAUCUUAUGGCUCACGGUCACGUUCAGUAAGCCCUCGACCUUAUACUGCAAGAAAUUUAAGUCCAUCACCUCGUUAUCAUCCUGAAAAAGAGGAUCCAAUUCGUAAUGUUGUUGAUAAUUUAAUAGAUUCUUUAUCUCAACUCCGAUUACAAUGUACAACUAAUGAAAAAAUAGAAGAAAGUCUUGUCUCGCUAAUAUACAAUAAUCGCGAACAACCUAGUAGCAUUUAUUGCUGGUUAUCUGAUAACCAAAACACUCUAUCAUAUGGAACUUUGCUCGGUUUCCUCUUACUAGUAGGAAUUGGUUGUGAGAAAGAUGAGAAACGUGCUUUCACUUUAUUCCUUACUGCUGCAAAAAGAGAUUACUUAGUUGCUCAAGAAUUCAUUGGUCACUGUUAUUUCUACGGUAUUGGAACCCAUAAAGAGGAAAACUUGGCAUUCAAUUGGUUUAGUAAAUGUGCAAAGCAAGAGAGUGCUUGUGGAUAUCAUGGACUUGGCCGGUGCUACGAAUACGGUAAAGGAACUGAUCGAUGUUUGAUUAAGGCUUACGAAUGCUACCGUACCUCUGCUGAAGGAGGAAAUGUACGUGGAAUGAAUGAUCUAGCACGGCAUUAUAGAGAUGGUAUCGGUCACACCAGAAAUCUGGAUAAGGCAAUCCGUUGGUAUCGGAAAGCAUUCAAUCAUGGAUGUGAAGAAGCUCAAAGUGAAUUGGACAUUUUAUUAGAUCAAAAUUAUAGCUAG